ACGUUGCUUGGCAAUAUUCAACACUUAGAUCUUUCAUAUAACUUUUUCCAAGGUCCAAUACCUAUAUUUCUCCAAAAUAUGACUUCCUUGAUAUUUCUUUAUCUUUCUGAGAAUCAAUUGAAUGGGAGUAUUACAAAUAGCAUCGGACAACUCUUUAAGUUAAAGAGCAUAGAUCUUUCUAAAAAUCAAUUGAGUGGGGGUAUUCCAGAUAGCGUCAGGCAACUCUUUAGAUUAAAGAGAAUAUAUCUUUCUAACAAUCAAUUGAGUGGGAGUAUUCCAGAUAGCAUCGGGCAAUUGUCUAAGUUAGAGAACAUAGAACUUUUUGGCAAUCAAUUGAGUGGGAGUAUUCCAGAUAGCAUCGGGCAAUUGUCUAAAUUAGAGAGCAUAAAACUUUCUGGCAAUCAAUUGAGUGGGAGUGUUCCAGAUAGCAUCGGGCAAUUGUCUAAGUUAGAGAGCAUAUAUCUUUCUAUCAAUCAAUUGAGUGGGAGUCUUCCAGAUAGCAUCGGCCAAUUGUCUAAGUUAGAGAGCAUAUAUCUUUCUGACAAUCAAUUGAGUGGGAGUAUUCCAGAUAGCAUCGGACAACUCUCUAAGUUAGAGAGCAUAGAUCUUUCUGGCAAUCAAUUGAGUGGGAGUAUUCCAGAUAGCAUCGGACAACUCUCUAAGUUAGAGAGCAUAGAUCUUUCUGGCAAUCAAUUGAGUGGAAGUAUUCCAGAUAGCAUCGGACAACUCUCUAAGUUAGAGAAUAUAGAUCUUUCUAACAAUCAAUUUGGAACAAGAUUUCCUGAAUGGCAUCAAUUACAAAAGACAAUAUACAUUGUUGUUCUCUCUAAUGCUAGCAUCUCAGAUCUUGCUGAUAACAAUCUGACAGGAAGGAUUCCUCCUUGUUUUGGAAAGUUUUCGAUUAUGGUGAACGCAACACAAUUAAGCAAUGACAUGGUCAUGGUUUAUGAAUAUUGGGGUCAACACCAAUUGUUCGAGUCUUUGUCAUUGAGAUACAUUAAGCAUUUGGACCUGGCACCUUUGAUGAAGGUUGUGAAAGGGAGAAACAUUAAGCAUUUGAACCUGGCACCUUUGAUGGAGGUUGUGAAAGGGAGAUACCUUGAGUAUACAGGAAAACCUUUGAGACUUGAGAUGAGUAUAGAUCUUUCUAGAAAAAUCCCUAAGAAAAUUGGACAAAUGGAGAAUUUGGAAUCUCUCGAUUUCUCCAAAAAUAACCUCUCAGGAAUGAUCCCGAACAGUAUGUCAAGUUUAACCAAGUUAAGCUACCUCAACUUGUCCUACAACAACUUGUCAGGGCCAAUUCCAACAGGCUAUCAACUCCAAACACUCGAAGAUCCAACCAUAUAUGCUGGCAAUCCUCAACUCUGUGGAGUUCCACUCCUAAAGAAAUGCUCAAAUGAUACAUUGCCCCCAACAAUUGCCAACUUCAAGGCCUUGCCCGAUUCUGCUCAUCUUCUUUCUUCCCGAUGCAGCCGAACAAAGCCCCCAAGCAAGCCGACAGCCCUCCCCUUGAGGAAACCGGUGAGAAAGCUUGAUUUCUCCUUCUUUUCUUGCUCUAAAAUACAAAUUGAACCCAGAAAUUCUCCCCCCUGCAGGAAGCUUCCGGAUCUGCUCUGCUCUUCCCUCUGCUGUCCGCCGGCUGCUCUUGUUGUGGGUGCAAAUUCUGGGCAUUUUCUGGAAGUGAAACCGAGAACGGGGAAACCACGGGAAGUGACGAGUUAGAAAGCUAGCCAUAUUGUAAUUGGAUAUGAAUUUUAGAAACAAAUCAUGAUCUUGUAUUUGGAAACUUUAUUGGAGAUUAAUGUUAUGAGAGAAUUAUAAAAUUUGAUCUUCAGA